AUGUCGGGCGCAAGACAUUGGGAACAAGACAAGGAAGCCACCGUCUAUAUUGGUAAUAUCGAUGAGAGGGUUACUGAUAGUCUGGUAUGGGAAUUGAUGUUACAAGCUGGUCGCAUUGUCAAUGUACAUUUACCCAAAGAUCGCGUCACCCAAAUUCAUCAAGGCUAUGGAUUUGUAGAGUUUAUAUCAGAGGAGGAUGCUGAGUAUGCGGCGCGCAUCAUGAAUCAAGUUCGAUUAUAUGGGAAACCAAUUCGUGUUAACAAGGCCUCCGCCGAUAAACAAAAGACGGUCGAAGUUGGCGCCGAACUCUUCAUUGGUAAUCUUGAUCCUAUGGUUGACGAGAAAACUCUCUACGAUACCUUCUCACGCUUUGGAUCCCUAAUCUCUCCUCCUAAGAUCGCUCGCGACGAAUCCGCUCUCUCCAAAGGUUAUGGUUUCGUUUCCUAUUCCAAUUUCGAAGCUUCCGACGACGCCAUAGCAAACAUGAACGGUCAAUACCUCAUGAAUAAAGAUAUAUCUGUCCAAUACGCAUACAAGAAAGACGGCAAAGGAGAAAGACACGGAGACGCAGCUGAGAGAUCAUUGGCAGCUCAGGCCAAGAAACAUAAUGUUAUGCCAGAUUUACAAAGUAUGCCACCAGGCUUAUUGUUAGGCAUGAAUGGAAUUCCACAAGCUCCAGCAGCAAUGUUGAACGAAUCCCCAAUGCCCACCGCACCCCCCGGGUUCCCCCCACAACGCCCCUCAUACAAUUCCGCCCCACCCCCCGGCGGCCCUCGAGGAGCUCCAGGAGGCCCAUCCCAACACCUCCCACCUCCUCCAUCCGGUCUCCCCCAACGACCCCCUCCUUCGCAUGGCGGCUAUAGAGGCCCACAAAUGGAUUUCCACAAUCAACAACCUCCUUCUGGACCACAAUUUCCACCUGGGUUCCCGGCCCCUGGCGGUAUGCCAUCUGGUAUGAUUCCACCACCGGGUUUUGGCGGUAUGCAGGGAAUGCCCAUGGGGAUGCCGCCUAGUGGACCGCAGGGUCACGGAGCACCGCCUGGAUAUGGUAGGAGGCGAGAAUAA